AUAGAGAGAGAGAGAGAGAGAGAGAGAGAAGAUGAGCAGAGAAGGGAAGGUGGUGUGUGUAACAGGAGCGUCUGGUUUCAUAGCAUCAUGGCUGGUGAGGCUCUUAUUACAACGCGGUUACACUGUCAAAGCCACGGUUCGUGACCCAAAUGACUCAAAGAAAACAGAACACUUACUGGCACUUGAUGGGGCAAAAGAAAGGCUGCAUUUGUUCCAAGCUGAUUUGAUAGAAGAAGGAUCUUUUGACGCUGCAGUUGAUGGAUGUGAAGGUGUUUUUCAUACAGCAUCCCCUGUUCUAUUUUCAGCCACUAACCCUCAGGCAGAAUUAAUUGACCCUGCAGUGAAGGGAACCCUUAAUGUUCUAAAAUCGUGCGUAAAAUUCGCUACCGUCAAGAGGGUAGUUUUAACAUCUUCUAUGGCUGCAGUCAUUUUCAAUGGAAGACCAUUGACCCCUGAUGUGGUGAUUGAUGAAACAUGGUUUUCAGAUCCUCUUGUUUGUGAGAAUUUGAAGGAAUGGUAUUUUCUUUCAAAAACUUUAGCUGAGGAGGCUGCUUGGAAAUUUGCUAAAGGAAAUGGGAUUGACUUGGUUACCAUAAAUCCAUCUUAUGUGAUUGGUCCACUCUUACAACCAAGUCUUAAUGCCACUGUGGAAAUGGUUCUGAAUCUCAAAAAUGAUAUACCAGAUGUAACCCGUUCAAAUUAUUUGUCUACUGAUGUUAGAGAUGUUGCCUCUGCUCAUGUUCAAGCAUUUGAGGUUCCUUCAGCUACUGGAAGAUAUUGUUUAGUUGGACAUGUUAUACCCAUGUCCAAGGCUCUCAAGAUUUUACAUGAACUUCAUCCCACUCUUUUUCCACCUGAAAAAUAUGAGGAUGGCAAUCCUUCAGAACCCACAUAUCAAGUAUCACAGGAAAAAGCAAAAAGUUUGGGAGUUAAUUUCCUUCCGGUGGAAGUAAGUCUUAGGGACACUAUUGAAAGCCUCAAGGAGAAGGGCUUCCUCAAGAUUCAGCUCAGUUCUCAAGUACAUAAAAAACUGAAGCGAAAACUUCCAAAUAUAAAGCUUCUUCUGAUCAGGAGGAUGAACGAAACAAGGAAGGUGGUGUGCGUAACAGGAGCAUCUGGUUUCAUAGCAUCCUGGCUGGUGAAGCUCUUACUGGAACGAGCUUAUAUUGUCAAAGCAACCGUCCGUGACCCAAAUGACCCGAAGAAAACAGAACACUUAUUGGCACUUGAGGGGGCAAAAGAAAGGCUCCAUUUGUUCAAAGCAGAUUUGUUAGAAGAAGGAUCUUUUGAUGCUGUUGUUGAUGGAUGUGAGGGUGUUUUUCAUACAGCAUCCCCUGUAAUACUUUCAUCCACUGACCCACAGACAGAAUUAAUUGACCCUGCAGUGAAGGGAACCCUUAAUGUUCUAAAAUCGUGCGUAAAAUUCGCUACCGUCAAGAGGGUAGUUUUAACAUCUUCUACGGCUGCAGUCAUAUUCAAUGGAAGACCAUUGACCCCUGAUGUGGUGGUUGAUGAAACAUGGUUUUCAGAUCCUUUUGUUUGUGAGAAUUUUAAGAAAUGGUAUGUUCUUUCAAAAACUUUAGCUGAGGAAGCGGCUUGGAAAUUUGCUGAAGGAAAUGGGAUUGACUUGGUUACCAUAAAUCCAUCCUUUGUGAUUGGUCCACUCUUACAACCAAGCCUUAACAUCACCGUGGAGAUGAUUCUCAACUUCAAAAACGAUGUUGAAGAUGUAAACAGUUCUAUUUAUUCAUGUAGUGAUGUUAGAGAUGUUGCUGCAGCUCAUGUUCAAGCAUUUGAGGUUCCUUCAGCUAAUGGAAGAUAUUGUUUAGUUGGACAUGUUACACCCAUGGCCAAGGUUCUGAAGAUUUUACAUGAACUUCAUCCCUCUUUGUGCCCACCUGAAAAAUAUGAGGAGGCCAAUCCUUCUGAACCCACAUAUCAAGUAUCACAGGAAAAAGCAAAAAGUUUGGGAGUUAAUUUCCUUCCACUGGAAGUAAGUCUUAGUGACACUGUUGAAAGCCUCAAGGAGAAGGGGUUCCUCAAGGUUUGA